CUCCGCCGCAAACUUUUUCCUCCCAUCCUGUCGCGGCUCGAAAGGAAUGGAAAAUGGCGGCCUAGGCGCGGACUUUCCGGCCCGACCUGCGGCGGCGGCUCUCGGCCCCGCGGCCGCGCACCAUGACGCGCUGGGUGCCCACCAAGAGGGAGGAGAAGUACGGCGUGGCCUUCUAUAACUAUGAUGCCAGGGGAGCAGACGAACUUUCCUUGCAGAUAGGGGACACGGUGCACAUCCUUGAGACCUAUGAAGGGUGGUACCGAGGCUACACCUUAAGGAAAAAGUCAAAGAAGGGCAUAUUUCCUGCUUCUUAUAUUCAUCUUAAAGAAGCAAUAGUUGAAGGAAAAGGGCAACAUGAGACUGUCAUCCCAGGCGACCUCCCCCUCAUACAGGAAGUCACCACCACGCUCCGGGAGUGGGCCGCCAUCUGGAGGCAGCUCUAUGUGCAAGAUAACAGGGAAAUGUUUCGAAGUGUCCGUCACAUGAUCUACGACCUCAUCGAGUGGAGGUCACAGAUUCUGUCUGGAACUCUGCCCCAGGAUGAGCUCAAAGAGCUGAAGAAGAAGGUUACAGCCAAAAUCGAUUAUGGAAACAGAAUUCUUGACUUGGACCUUGUGGUGCGCGAUGAAGAUGGGAAUAUUUUGGAUCCAGAACUAACAAGCACCAUUAGUCUCUUCCGGGCCCACAAAGUAGCUUCUAAGCAAGUGGAGGAACGAUUGCAAGAAGAAAAAUCUCAGAAGCAGAACCUGGAUAUUAACAGACAAGCCAAGUUUGCGGCCACCCCUUCUCUGGCCCUGUUUGUCAACCUCAAGAAUGUGGUUUGUAAGAUCGGAGAAGAUGCUGAGGUCCUCAUGUCUCUCUACGACCCUACGGAGUCCAAGUUCAUCAGUGAAAACUACCUUGUUCGCUGGUCGAGUUCAGGGUUACCCAAGGACAUAGACAGACUGCAUAAUUUGAGAGCUGUCUUUACAGACCUUGGAAGCAAAGACCUGAAGAGGGAGAAGAUUAGUUUUGUCUGUCAGAUUGUCCGAGUGGGUCGCAUGGAGCUGAGGGACAGCAACACUCGGAAACUGACCUCGGGCCUGCGGCGACCUUUUGGCGUGGCUGUGAUGGAUGUAACUGAUAUAAUAAAUGGAAAAGUAGACGAUGAAGAUAAACAGCAUUUCAUUCCCUUCCAGCCGCUCGCGUUGGAUGAAGCCAUUCGACACAAGCCGCUCAACAUGUCAUCCCGUUUUUCACCCAGGGUGGCAGGGGAGAAUGACUUCCUUCAGACUGUUAUAAACAAAGUGAUCGCUGCCAAAGAAGUCAACCACAAGGGGCAGGGUUUGUGGGUAACAUUGAAAUUGCUUCCUGGAGAUGUACAUCAGAUUCGGAAGGAGUUUCCUCAUCUGGUGGACAGGACCACUGCCGUGGCUCGCAAGACGGGCUUCCCAGAGAUCAUCAUGCCUGGUGAUGUUCGAAAUGAUAUCUAUGUAACAUUAGUGCAAGGAGAUUUUGAUAAAGGCAACAAAACGACAGCGAAGAACGUGGAGGUGACAGUGUCUGUCUAUGAUGAAGAUGGGAAGCGACUGGAGCAUGUGAUUUUCCCUGGUGCUGGUGAUGAGGCGAUCUCGGAGUACAAAUCUGUGAUUUACUACCAAGUGAAGCAGCCGCGCUGGUUUGAGACCGUUAAGGUGGCCAUCCCCAUCGAGGACGUUAACCGAAGUCACCUUCGAUUCACCUUCCGCCAUAGGUCAUCCCAGGACUCUAAAGAUAAGUCUGAGAAGAUAUUUGCGCUAGCAUUUGUGAAACUGAUGCGAUACGACGGGACAACUCUGCGGGACGGGGAACACGACCUCAUCGUCUACAAGGCUGAAGCCAAGAAGCUGGAGGACGCAGCGACUUACCUCAGUCUGCCCUCCACCAAAGCUGAGCUGGAGGAGAAGGGCCACUCGGCCACAGGCAAGAGCAUGCAGAGCCUUGGGAACUGCACCAUCAGCAAAGAUUCCUUCCAGAUCUCCACACUGGUGUGCUCCACCAAGCUGACCCAGAACGUGGACCUCUUGGGGCUCCUGAAGUGGCGCUCCAACACCAACCUUCUUCAGCAGAACCUGAGGCAGCUGAUGAAGGUGGAUGGCGGCGAGGUGGUGAAGUUUCUGCAGGACACGCUGGACGCCCUCUUCAACAUCAUGAUGGAGAACUCGGAGAGCGAGACGUUUGACACGCUGGUGUUCGAUGCUCUGGUCUUCAUCAUUGGGCUAAUUGCUGAUAGAAAAUUCCAGCAUUUUAAUCCUGUUCUGGAAACUUACAUUAAGAAACACUUCAGUGCCACGUUAGCCUACACGAAGCUGACGAAGGUACUAAGGACCUAUGUGGAUGGUGCAGAGAAGCCUGGUAUCAACGAACAGCUGUACAAAGCCAUGAAGGCAUUGGAGUACAUCUUCAAGUUCAUCGUGCGCUCCAGGAUCCUGUUCAAUCAGCUGUAUGAGGACAAAGGGGAGGCUGACUUCGUGGAGUCCUUGCUGCAGCUCUUCCGGUCCAUCAAUGACAUGAUGAGCAGUAUGUCUGACCAGACGGUCAGGGUGAAGGGAGCAGCACUGAAGUACUUGCCCACGAUUGUCAAUGAUGUGAAGUUGGUGUUUGAUCCCAAGGAGCUCAGCAAGAUGUUCACCGACUUCAUCCUCAACGUCCCCACGGGCUUGCUUACCAUCCAGAAGCUCUACUGCCUGAUCGAAAUCGUUCACAGUGACCUCUUUACACAACAUGACUGCAGAGAGAUCCUGCUCCCCAUGAUGACGGAGCAGCUCAAGUACCACCUGGAGAGGCAGGAGGACCUGGAGGCCUGCUGCCAGCUGCUCAGCAACAUCCUGGAGGUGCUGUACAAGAAGGACGUGGGGCCAACACAGAGGCAUGUCCAGAUAAUCAUGGAGAAACUUCUCAGGACAGUGAACCGGACCGUGAUCUCCAUGGGCCGGGAUUCCGAACUCAUUGGCAACUUUGUCGCUUGCAUGACAGCUAUUUUACGCCAGAUGGAGGAUUACCACUACGCUCACUUGAUCAAGACUUUUGGGAAAAUGAGGACGGAUGUCGUGGAUUUUCUAAUGGAGACAUUCAUCAUGUUUAAGAACCUCAUUGGGAAGAACGUCUAUCCUUUCGACUGGGUCAUCAUGAACAUGAUGCAGAAUAAAGUCUUCCUGAGAGCGAUUAAUCAGUAUGCAGAUAUGCUGAACAAGAAAUUUCUGGAUCAAGCCAACUUUGAGCUACAGCUCUGGAACAACUACUUUCACCUGGCAGUUGCCUUCCUCACUCAGGACUCCCUGCAACUGGAAAAUUUUUCGAGUGCCAAGAGAGGCAAAAUCCUGAACAAGUAUGGAGAUAUGAGGAGACAGAUUGGCUUUGAAAUCCGAGACAUGUGGUACAACCUGGGUCAACACAAGAUAAAGUUCAUUCCAGAAAUGGUGGGCCCUAUCUUAGAAAUGACAUUAAUUCCUGAGACAGAACUACGCAAGGCCACCAUCCCCAUCUUCUUUGAUAUGAUGCAGUGUGAAUUCCACUCUACCCGAAGCUUCCAGAUGUUUGAAAAUGAGAUCGUCACCAAGCUGGAUCAUGAAGUGGAAGGAGGCCGAGGAGAUGAACAGUACAAAGUGCUAUUUGAUAAGAUCCUCCUGGAACACUGCAGGAAACACAAGUACCUCGCCAAGACAGGGGAGACGUUCGUGAAACUCGUGGUGCGGCUGAUGGAGAGGCUGCUGGACUACAGAACCAUCAUGAACGACGAGAACAAAGAGAACCGCAUGAGCUGCACCGUCAACGUGCUGAAUUUCUACAAAGAAAUUGAGAGAGAAGAAAUGUACAUAAGGUAUUUGUACAAGCUCUGUGACUUACACAAAGAGUGCGAUAACUACACCGAAGCGGCCUACACCUUGCUCCUCCAUGCGAAGCUUCUGAAGUGGUCGGAGGAUGUGUGCGCGGCUCACCUCACUCAGCGGGACGGGUACCAGGCGACCACGCAGGGGCAGCUGAAAGAGCAGCUGUACCAGGAGAUCAUCCACUACUUUGACAAGGGCAAGAUGUGGGAGGAGGCCAUCGCCUUGGGCAAGGAACUUGCCGAACAGUAUGAAACCGAAAUGUUUGAUUAUGAACAACUCAGUGAACUGCUGAAAAAACAGGCUCAAUUUUAUGAAAACAUCGUCAAAGUGAUAAGACCCAAGCCUGACUAUUUUGCCGUUGGCUACUAUGGACAAGGCUUUCCUACAUUCCUUCGGGGGAAAGUCUUCAUUUACCGAGGAAAAGAGUAUGAACGCAGGGAAGACUUUGAAGCUCGGCUAUUAACUCAGUUUCCAAAUGCUGAGAAAAUGAAGACAACAUCUCCACCAGGCGACGAUAUUAAAAACUCUCCAGGCCAGUAUAUUCAGUGUUUCACAGUGAAGCCCAAGCUUGAUUUGCCCCCUAAAUUUCACAGACCGGUGUCCGAGCAGAUUGUGAGUUUUUACAGGGUGAAUGAAGUCCAGAGAUUUGAAUAUUCACGGCCAAUCCGGAAAGGAGAGAAAAACCCAGAUAAUGAAUUUGCGAACAUGUGGAUCGAGAGAACCAUAUACACUACAGCGUAUAAGCUGCCAGGGAUCUUAAGGUGGUUUGAGGUCAAAUCUGUUUUCAUGGUGGAGAUCAGCCCGCUGGAGAACGCCAUCGAGACCAUGCAGCUGACCAAUGACAAGAUCAGCAGCAUGGUGCAGCAGCACCUGGACGACCCCGGCCUGCCCAUCAACCCCCUGUCCAUGCUCCUGAACGGCAUUGUGGACCCCGCCGUUAUGGGAGGCUUUGCAAACUACGAGAAGGCCUUCUUCACAGACCGGUACCUGCAGGAGCACCCUGAGGCCCACGGGCAGAUAGAGAAGCUCAAGGACCUCAUAGCCUGGCAGAUUCCGUUUCUUGCUGAAGGGAUCAGGAUUCAUGGAGACAAGGUCACAGAGGCUCUCAGGCCGUUCCAUGAGCGAAUGGAAGCCUGCUUCAAGCAGCUGAGGGAGAAGGUGGAGAAGCAAUAUGGCAUCCGAACCAUGCCCUCAAGCCUGGAUGACAGAAGAGGCAGUCGGCCACGCUCCAUGGUGCGAUCCUUCACUAUGCCGUCCACAUCCCGGCCUCUGUCCGUGGCCUCCGUCUCUUCCCUGUCGUCCGACAGCACGCCAUCCAGGCCAGGCUCUGAUGGGUUUGCUCUGGAGCCUCUACUGCCAAAGAAAAUGCACUCCAGGUCCCAGGACAAGCUGGACAAGGACGACGCGGAGAAGGAGAAGAAGGACAAGAAGAAGGAGAAGCGGAACAGCAAGCACCAGGAGAUAUUUGACAAGGAAUUCAAGCCGGCUGACGGCUCCUUGCAGCCGUCCGAGGCUGUGAUCCUUUCGGAAACGAUCAGUCCCUUACGGCCACAGAGACCCAAGAGCCAGGUGCUCAAUGUGAUGGGCAGUGAGCGGCGCUUCUCCGUGUCCCCAGCUCCGCCAGGCUCCCAGCACACCCCGCCUCCGGUCACGCCGAGGGCCAAGCUCAGUUUCAGCGUUCAGUCUGGUCUGGAGUUGAAUGGCGUGACGGGCGGCGGGACGAGCGUGGACGCGGCGGAUGUCCCGCCCCCUCUGCCUCUCAAAGGCAGCACGGCAGACUACGGGAACCUGAUGGAGACCCAGGACCUGGGGGGCUCGCCGACGCCCCCACCCCCUCCCCCGCCUCCCCACCAGAGGCCGCCUCCGCUGCCCAGCAAGACGCCACCCCCUCCUCCUCCAAAGACCACCCGCAAGCAGACCUCGGUGGACUCCGGGAUCGUGCAGUGAGCAGCCGCGGGCCUGCCUCAAAGGCCAGCUGUCCCCCCCUCACCCCAUCUUUCCUGUCUGGCAGUUACCUCAUUGGGGGUGGGGAGCUGUGGUGUCUAACCUUCAGUGCAUGGGCUUUUCCCAGAAAGAGGGAGGUGGUUCACCCGUGGCCCUCACCUGGGGUGUCCUCAGGGGGGCAGAGGACCAAGGUGCGCCUGGAGUUCAUCAACACUUGGGGACCCCUCACAGGUCAGUCUUAGAGACAGCCCCAGUCUUGCCCAACAUCCUUUGUUUUUGUGCCAAAUGAUGUGUGUUAGCGAAGAGCCGGGCUGCUAUGUCAGCCCGGAGAGGUGAGCAGCGCGCCGCCGUGAUGUGAGAACUCUCACGACCCCCCUGGCCGCCCACCGUCUGCUAACGCCCGGACCCCAGCCCACCCCAGACUUGUGUGGGGUGGCUAUGUCUGCAACCUAUGCCGAGCAACUCAGAGUUCAACCCUUCAGGGAGGUUCCUGGUUUGGGUUCUUGGUUGUUUUUUCCCUGGUAUAAUUUAAAAUAGGAUAUUUCUCAGCUACUGAACAGUUACUAAUUUAUGGAGUAGAAACACCAUUGAGGAUACUGGAUCAGAUGGGUAUAGGAAGAAGAAACACGGGCAUUCUUUGCUGUAAAAGCCUGCGUACCACACAAGAUGGUUUUAGACUGGAGCAUUCUCUGUAUUUCAGUCUCCUGUACAGAAGUUUGUAUAUAGAGAGAUUUAUAUAUAUUUGGUGGUUCUUAGAACUUGUUUUAACUUUUUGUGGCCCUUCUGUUUGUUGUAAUAAUCACUUUCAAAUGAUUCGUAAGAUGAAUUCCUAAUUCUAACUGGUGGAAAUGUAAAAAAACAAAAAUACCAGAAAAACAUCCACAAAUUCAAUGUGUUCUCCAGAGCAUUCAGCUCCUGAAGAUAUGGAUGGACAACGAGGUGGUUUUUUUUUUAUGAAAACUAACGUGUAUAACCUGAUAUUGUAUUCUAUCUAUAUUUUUUUAUUCACUAUGAUCAUGAUACUCUCCUCAUAGCUUCAAAGUUAAUCAUUGGCAAAUGAAAAAAUAAAAUGGUAUUUAAAAAGCG